GGAAGCCUUAGUGUGUUCUGCAGGGUUGAGCUUGGUGCUCCUCCCUCCUGCAGAGGAUCAGGCUCCAGUUGUAGAGUUCACUGAGGAAGGAGCAACAGUGUGAGGUACAAACUCAUGUGAAGAGAGGAUCAAAUGUAGCUGUCCAAUACAAAUCCAACCAAGAACAACUAUGUCCAAAACCAGCAAAGCUCCAAAGUAGUGAAUGUAGAUGAAACCCACGAGUGCUUCAUCUCAGUCAGCAUGGAUGCAACACAACUCUCAGUGGAAGAAUAGCUCCAUGAACCCGUAAUUUUGUUGGGACACAAACUCAGAGCAACAUCAGGACAAGACACAGCAACCAUGAUCGACCUGAGUUUCUUGACAGAGGAGGAGCAGGAGGCGAUCCAGGCCGUCCUACAGAGAGAUGCUGCCCUGAAGAAGAUUGAUGAGAGACGUGUCCAAAAACUGCAGAGGACAACGACUGACAAAGACCAGCUAAAGUACAUGACGGGAGACUGGUUUUACGAGGCCAAGAUGCUUCGUCACAAGGAUCGGAUCCACGGCUCCGACAUCAUCAGGGCAUCCAUUAAACGCUCACCACUGACUAUAUUGGAGAUCUCCCAGGUUGCGCCCGAGAGGCCUAGUUUCAUUGCGAGUGAAAACAAAGAAGUGUUCGUUCCGCCUGAACUCUCAGGACUCCUUCAGGAGCCUCACAGACAGCCCAGCACUAAAAGGGAUCAAAGGCAGAGGCCUGAUGAGAAACCAGUUUUACACUCCUCCACAAAGGAAAGACCGAAUCCGUUUAACAGUCAGCUCAGUGCACUCGCCCCCAUUGAUGAAGUUGAACACCAGCUGUUGGAUGAACCAGAGGAUCAAACACAGAUAUCAUGUCAGAAACCUUUCUCACCAUCUGACAGCUCCAUUUCUUACACUAACAAACUAAAGCAAGACCCUAACAAUAGCCCACUUUCCCAGAAUGCCUCUAUUACCAUGACAGGAACCCCAAAAUUCGGCACCAGUCCACAGGACUGGUAUGUUGGCGUAGAUGUUCCAGAAGGUAGACAUGAUAACUUUUCUGCUUCUAGAGGCAUUCUCAAGCACAUGUCCACAUCUAGCUUCACAGACUCUCUCUGCUCUAGCCUGGAGCUGCAGAGUUCAGUAAGCCUGGAUUCCCCUGAACCUUUCCCAGACAGAAAUGGGGAAGACUUGGGCUGGUUAGACAGAAAGCAGGUGAGGGUUGGCUCUCCAGCCGGUGGCCUUCAGGAUGUGAAGAUCCUUGGCGAGUACAGUUCACUGGAUGUCAACUCUGUUACUAACAACCAAGUGGGAAACGAUGGACUUGUGAAUCCUGGCAGUGCCACAGCUGCAACACGUAGGCCUUUUCUCAAACAGGAACAUGUGGACUCGAGGGAAGGUGAACUCUGUUGCACAAGAGACACAAUACUUCAAAAACAAGAUGCAGACAAGAAGCAGGUCAUUGGUGGUCUCUAUGAGCAACGCCAAGUGGAGCUCCAAAGCCAUCAAUUGUACACCGCUGCAUCAGCUGUGCAGAGGUCAAGUAAAACUACUUCCCUGCAGAAAAAGCCUGAAGAUGACUGUCACUCUCAGGCUCCAUCCACAGUUUUCCCAUCUGGAAGUAGCAUUCCUCAAGCAGGACAAAACCUGUUCGAACACGACAACGUUUCUGUUGAGCCUCACUCAGACACCAAGCAUUCAUCUCCUAUUGUUUCCCCAAAGCAUAUGCAAAAGCUGAUUGCUUUUUUUAGAGGAGAGGAGAAAUUCACUCAAUUACAUGGUUCAGACAUGGAAAAAGAGAAGUUGCCUAAGCAGAAAGAAUUGGAUGACACCACAAAUCCUUCCCACAGUAACGCAGAUAUGACUAUGGUCAGCCAAGUAAAAUGUCAAGAAGAAACUAGACCCCCUGUGAUGACACAAGUCCCAACAUGGCAAAGUGCAGUAGCACAGGACAACCCAUUCAAUGACCCAUUGAGAUUUGGAGAUUCCGAUGUAGGUAUUUUGCGCAAAGAAACGACUUCAGGCGAUACAGCUAAAGGUAGUUCCUUGAAAGGAGCAACCACUUUAGGAACGUCAUAUGUAGGCAAUCCCUUCAAACAAAAGAUGGCUUUAGGAGAGUCCGAUGUGAGUAAUCCAUUCAAAGAAACACCCAUUUUAAGAGAUUCACAUGUUGGCAUUCUUUCACAAGGCACAAUGACCGUGGUAGACUCGGAUGUAGGUAAUCGCUUCAAAGAAACAAGGGUCUUAAGAGAUUCAGACAUAGCCAAUUGCUUCAAAGAAAGGCUGGCUUUAGGAAGCCCAGAUGUAGGCAAUCCAUUCAAAGAUGAUAUUACCUUAGAAGGUCCAAAUGUGGUAAUCCAGCAAAACGCAGAUGAGCACAUUUCCAUUGAGGGUAAUGCUGCAAAGUCCCAAAAAGAGGUUUCCACAACACAGACUGAAUUUAAUCCUGUUGUAGAUGUAUUAAAACAAGAUGGUACUUACAGAGUUAAUCCUGUCCUGAUCUAUGAAGACACAGAAGAUCCUUCACAAACUGGUUCACAGAUGUCUGUCACACCCUUAGUCACCUCACUAUCUUCUACCACAGAGCAACAGGGGGAUAUUCAGGUUACCUCUCCUGAAGAGAACAGACAUACUAACAAAAGUGAGAUCACACAUUUGUGGAGUAGGGAGCAUCUAGUACCAAAGACCGAUCCCAGAAUAGUUAAAGCUUCAAGCACUUCAGUACAUUCAAAAUUAAGUUCUAGUCCAAUUAUGUCCCGCACAACCAAUGCAGCUUCACCUCAGUGUGAUCUGACAACAUCUAUAGAUGAAGAAAAGACUGAGGCGGGGGAGCAAAUUUCUUCAUACAGAACCAAGAGUAUUGUGAUUCUCAAGUCAAAAAACCAGCCCGAUGAAGGUUUAAUCAAUCAGGGUUCAGAUAGGACACACUGGAGGCAAAUUAAUGUUACUGAAGAUGUACCAUCACCAUGUCAGCAGCACCAAAGCCAGGCUCAUACAGAGGCUGGUAUUCCUCAAGAAAUCACCCUCAAUCCUAGCCUACUCCAAACUCCAAGAACAAAAGGCCAAGAUGACGAAGCCAGGAAAAGUUCAUUUAAGACUUUUUAUCCAAAGGUCAGACAAAUACAAUCUGCCAGCCCCAUGGGAUCCACAUGGGAAGGUUCUCUGCUGAGAACAUUUCCCAUAGACAUUAACCCCCAACAAAAAGUCAUUGAAGGGCAAGUGGGUACGACGACACCAGUACCAAAACCAAGGAAAAUUCCCUUGACUGAAGCAAAGCAGGUGUCAUUCACAGACCCAACAACUACCACAGAAAUAAUUUCUUGUCCUUUACCUUUAGAACCACGGUAUUCUGGUCAAGGCAAAGAAACUUGCUUUGUGGAGAUAACUACACAAGAAACUAGUCCCAGACUUGCCAGAUCUUUCAUUCCUCGUGAUUAUCAGCACUACCUUGGUCCAAAGGAGAAGGCUCAUCUUCCCCCUUUCCACAAAGAGAAAGUUAUUGAAGAACAUCGUGGGAAACCUUCAGUAUCUGCUGCGGAGACCAAUGAAGUGUACAAACCACAAAUAGUCUCCACAGACUUUGUAGGAAAUCAGACUGUUGAUACCACUGAGGAGAAUCCUUCACAUAUCAGUUCUUUGGUUACUCAAAAUGCUGAGGGCAACCCUAGGCUAGACACAACAGCUGCAACCUGGACUCUGCAUCAAGCAAGUUCUAACAGUAUCGAAGAUGAUUCGAGUCCUGUCGGGUCGGCUCUAAAACAUUUACCGUCAAGAUCUAUGUCAUCCAGAAGUUUGGAAAACCUAUCAGGAAUGGGAAACAAAGUGACCUCCUCUACAGAAGAUGAAGGUGCCAGAAGUGACACAAGACACGACAUUGUCAUAACUGUUGACGACGUUUCGGAACCUUCAUCAUCAUCACCACCACCACCACCGUUGUCUCUGUCACGCUCAAAGGAGAUGAAGAUGAGCUCAUCGGUGCCUAUUUUACAGAUGGAUGAGGCAGACAGUGACGGUGCAUUUGAGCACGUGGACUGGAGAAGAAGCACAGGCAGCUCGGCCUCUAACCUCAGCCUGUCCUCUGGCAUGGCCUCCAUGUCCUCUAUCAGCAGCAGCACCAUGAGCCUUUAUCGGACUGACUACGGUAACCUCGAGGUCCAGGGCACCAUCCAGUUUGCUUUGAAUUACAUCCAGAAGCUUGCAGAGUUUCACAUCUUUGUUGUCCAGUGCAAAGAUCUUGCUGUAGCUGAACCAAAAAAGAACCGCUCUGACCCAUAUGUGAAAUGUUACCUUCUUCCCUACAAAACAAAGAUGGGAAAGAAAAAAACCAGCGUUAAAAAGAAGUCUGUAAAUCCCACCUACAAUGAAAUCCUCAGGUUUAAAAUCGUAAUGGAGGAGCUGAAAAGACAGAAUUUGAAUGUCUCCGUUUGGCACAACGACACUUUUGGACGAAAUGCUUUCCUUGGUGAGGUGGACUUGGACUUAUCUGAGUGGGACUUCAACAAUACACAAAUAAAUGAAUACACACUAAAACCAAGGGCGUCAGUGCAGCCCUCAACACCGUCGGAGUCUUUUGAGUUCGAUGGUGCAGCUGAGAUGAGGGUAGCCCUGCGAUUCCUGCCACAGAUGUCACACAGCAAGAAGAUGUCUAACAUAGAAACUGGUGAAGUGCAGAUUUGGGUGAAAGACUGCAAGAAUCUUCGGCCAGUCAGAGAUGCUAUUAUUGACCCUUUUGUGAAAUGCACUGUACUUCCUGACAUGAGUCGGAAAAACCGACAGAAGACCCGUGUAGUGAGGAGAACCUCAAACCCAAUGUUCAAUCACACAAUGGUUUAUGAUGGUUUGCGACCAUCUGACCUGAGAGAAGCCUGCAUGGAGAUCACAGUGUGGGAUCAUGACAAACGGACCAACCACUUUAUUGGUGGUCUGAGACUUGGUCUCGGGACAGGGAAAAGUUAUGGGGUGGAUGCAGUUUGGAUGGAUUCAACACAAGAUGAAGCCCAUUUGUGGCAGAAGAUGAUGAUGUCUCACGGGGAAUGGGUAGAGGAUGUUUUACCCCUGAGGAUGUUUUUAAUGGCAAGAAGCAUGCCAAAAUGAGACUGGAAAAAUAUUUAAAAAGUUUACAGAAAUACACAGUUUAUGAAUGCGGAUGUGUUCCUGUGGAUGUCGACCUGUUUGUAUUUGUAUUACUGAUAAUCACUACAUAUUUAUGCUGCUCACACAAGGUAGACAACUUUUUAAAUGUUAAAUUUGCUCUUUCAAAAAUAUUGAAAAAGGCAGUGAGGUAAGAAUAUUUUAAAAUCUCAAUGCUGCUUUGAUCUUGAGUGGAGAUAUUCGCAGACUGAGCACUGAUGAUUUUGUACAUAUUUCUACUGUUUAAUGAUGUAACACAUCAAGCAAUUUUAUCUUUAAUGAAUAGCAUUAGUGUGACUGUUUAAUUCAUGUUAGAAAAGUAAAUAGGCGAGAUUGC